GAAGCAACCUAAGGACAAACAAAUGAAAAUCCAACAUCUUUAAAAUCCAUAAAAGGGAACCGUUUUGACUUCAGUCCCAAUUUGAUUUCGAUAUAAGUGUUCCUUUUGAUGUAUGUGUCUUACAAGUACAACUAAACUUCUCCCAGAACAAACUCUAAAGAACUUGUCAAGCAAAGUUCUUACGUGACCGAAUAGGUCAACAGGGUCAAAAAUCAACGUUGUCCAAGUUAACGUGGCCUAAUAAUGAGCAAAGGACACUUCUUCAGUUGAUUUCGUCGUUGCCUCGUUACAUCUAUUUUAAUGUUCAACCAAAUCAAAAUAUAUACUAGUAGAAGUUAAAAAGUUGACUCGUUCACUCUUUUUGUGGGUCCUUCACAAUGCUUGUUAUUAAAAAUAGAAAGAAACAAACACUUUUCGUGGGUCAAUAUUAAUUUCCACGCAUAUUCCUAUGUACUUUGUAUAUAUAAUAGAUACCUUUGGACUUGCAAUUGUCAUCAAGAAUCUCUCAACAUCUCAAGUUACCUCUAUUCUCAUUCUCCCUCUUUAAAAAUAUAUCAGAAUUUCUGAAGCUUUUCAAUAAUUUUCUCGAGCUAUGACCGCCCAGAAAUCUGUGUUGCAAUUGAAUGUUCACGAGGAAAUAAUCAGGAAGAAAGUGUGGGCGACCGUUUCUAAAUUUUCAGGGGUUACUUCGAUAACAAUGGAUGAUAAAACCGGGAAAAUGACGGUAGUUGGUGAAGUUGAUGUACCGGUUAUCGUAAAGAAGCUAAGGAAGAUAUGUAAUGCAGAGAUUAUUACGGUUGAAGUUGUUAAACCACCAGAGAAAAAGCCAGAACCAGAGAAACCGGCCGAAAUUGUUGCCUUCCCUGUUACGCAUUUUAGCUACCCGUACCAAUAUCAUUCGUCCUAUGCUAAUUCUUACUAUUAACCAUGCGAUAAUUACAGAGUUGUGGUGGAGGAAUCAAAUACUUGUGUGAUUAUGUAACACUCCAUUUUAGUCUGUAGAACUAUUAAUUUUGAUGGAAGAAUGUAUUUUUGUGUUACUAUGAUAUAAAUUUCUUGUAAUGAGCUUAAAUUGAAGGAAAAAGGAAUUGUA